GCCUUUAAAGAGGUUCUGGUCUUUGAACACAAUGUGCCCUUUCAUUUCAUUCCUAAAGUAGUCAGCUCAUGAGAUUUCAGACAAGUGCACCAUGUUUCCAACACCAACUAAUCCACGUAUCCAGCCUUCUACAGAAGAAGUCAGUUGGUUGGUACCUUCCAUUAGCCUUGAGGAUGUGGAGGGGAAUCCUCCAAUUGACCUUUGCUGCAUGUUCUGCUUUGAUGGAGAUUAUGCCAAAACUGCAGCUAAAAUGGAAACAACAAAGAUCAUACUUCCUCCUUCUAUCUAUGAACCUGAUCCUGACAAGAAAGAUGUUACUCUAGACUUGAUCAUCGACAAAGCUAUGAAACAUUCUGACACAACUCUUAUCAAAGGCAAGAUUGACAAAACUGUUGGCAAUGAGAUUCACUACUAUUUACUUUGUGAAUGCAAGCGAAAAUACUACAGUCAACGGGGCGCCACAACAUCGGCAAAAGAGAACCAAAAGGAAAACUUUAGACAGGAUAGAAUAGUCGACAAGGGGAAAGGUAGUCGAGGUCCAGAUGGGAGGAGCUUUCCCCGCAGAACCGAGACAUCUAAGCCCCACAAAAAAUGCCCUGUUGAAUUCAAAUUGAGGUUGAUCCCUGGCCAGUACUGGUACUUCAAGAGAACUCGUAAGGCACUGGGUAUUCACAACCAUUCUCGAACUCCAUUUGUUGACAAACAUAGAAGAAUGAAAACCUACUCGCAGGAAGAAUUGAAUCUGGCCCAAACGUAUAGCCAAAUCUGUCCUGCCGGUGCCGCGAUGGCUUUGACUAGCAAGGCAACUGGCACCCUAGCACCUUCCAAAGAUCAGCUCCGUUACAACAAGUCUCCCACUUCUAACAAACCUGUAUCCCAAUCCCAGGCUCUUAUCGAGUACCUCAGGGAGCAAGUAUCUUUGAAGAAGAUGAGAUUCGUUGCAUUGUAUCACGAGGUCACUGAGACAAGUUUGCUAAUCAUUUCAAAGGCCAGCAUGAAUAGGAGGGCUCAACAGAUGAACAAUGAGGGUGUCUUUGAUGAGGACCUGGAACAAGCUGAAGAUAUACAGCUCACCUAUGAGGACUCCAGUUCCACUGUCCAGCAGCUGAGACUUAAGUCAGCUGCAGAGAAGGUUGGUAUUGCAGAGGCACUAUUGGCAUGA